AUGGUGCCGAAUUGUCUAAGCACGAUAUUUUUUUCAUCCGGUUGGCUGUUCAUCGUCAAAUUUGCCUCAUUAUUGAUUUUCUCUUUUAGAGUUGUGGUUUGUAACCUGUACCCAUUUGAACAAACGGUGAAGCAUGGCUGUAGCUUUGAGGAUGCCAUUGAAAACAUAGACAUAGGUGGGGUAACGUUGCUCAGAGCUGGUGCGAAGAACUGCGAACGAGUAACUGUCAUCUGUGAUCCACAAGAUUAUGAUUGCUCCUUGUUGCAACACUUUGACAUAAACAUGGCAGUGGCUCGAUGUUUAGAAACUCCCCUACCGUUCGAAAUUUUAAACGGUUGUCCAAGCUACGUUAACGUGUUGGAUGCCCUAAACGCGUGGCAGCUGGUCAAAGAGUUGAAGACACAGACCGGCAUGGCUGCUGCUACUUCUUUUAAACAUGUUAGCCCAGCCGGUGCCGCUGUUGGCAAAGCGUUAAGCAAGGAUGAGGCCAUGAUGUACAUGAUUGAACAUCCUGAACUGCUCAGUCCGCUUGCUACAGCGUAUGCUCGUGCGCGAGGUUCUGAUCGCUUGUCAUCAUUUGGUGAUUUUAUUGCUUUGUCGGACAGUUGCGACGAAUCUACGGCAAAAAUCAUCUCCUCUGAAGUAUCUGAUGGAAUCAUUGCUCCUGGCUAUGAUCCCGCUGCUUUGAACAUUCUGAAGAAGAAGAAAGGCGGCAAAUACUGUAUUUUACAGGUCGAUCCCAACUACGUACCGCCUCAAAAAGAAACCCGGAUGGUCUUUGGAGUAACCAUGGAACAGCAGCGUAACGACUGUUUGAUCUCGAAAGAAUUUUUCACUAACAUCGUUUCUGAUAAUAAACUAAUAUCAGAGGAAGCGAUCGUUGAUUUGCAGGUUGCAACCAUCGCCGUGAAGUAUACGCAAUCGAAUUCUGUCUGUUUGGCAAAAAAUGGACAGACUAUUGGCAUUGGUGCGGGACAGCAGUCAAGAAUACAUUGCACUCGACUGGCAUGUGAUAAAGCUAAUAAUUGGUGGAUGAGACUUCAUCCUGAUCUUUUGAAGAUAAACUUCAAAAAGGGAGUUAAACGUGUCGAGAAAACCAACGCUAUUGACGAUAUCAUUUUUUGCUGUUUGGUAAAUCUUAUUUCGAAAGCAGAAGCAACUGAAUGGAUUGCAAAAUUAGACGCUGUAGCACUUAGUUCAGAUGCUUUUUUCCCAUUUGAAGACAACAUACUUAGGGCAAGUGGAGUGAAAUUCAUUGCUAGUCCCGGCGGCUCUGUGAAUGAUCUGCAUAUCAUCAAUGCCUGUAACGAGAACAAAGUUACCUUAAUUCAUACGGGCGUUCGAUUGUUUCAUCACUGA